GCCACACGAAUUUAUAAAGGCGCAGUCCAAGAGCCGUGACUUGCAAAACCGGAAAGUGUUCGGCAAACAUUUGCUGUUAUCAAGUGAUUUGAGACUUCUGCCGGCGGUUUAGACAACUUAAGAAGGACAAGAGCGUAUUUUAAAGAAACAUGGCCACCCGAGGCGCGCUUCGGCUGCGGACGGCGGCGGUAGGCGGCAUGUUGUCCCGAAGAAGUUUCCACCUUUCUGCGGCACCUUUGAAUUCCUGUCUUCUUGGUCCUCGUGAGCGUCAAAUUUCAUUGGUACAGAGAAUGUAUCUGAGCAGUGCGACACAAACGUCCCCAAAACCUGUCACUGAGAAAAAGGUAGAGAAGGUGACAGUCGUGUCAACACCAGCUCAGAAGGAUGAAAUUCAGAUGAAAGACGCCAGGGGGACAACAGUCCCCUUGGAUGUUUUGUCAUCGGUUCCUGACCACCAUCGCCCAGACCUUGCACACUUCAGAACGGGCCUGAGCAAGCCUGAUGAUCUGGAGAAGAAACACGUGAAAGACGACGGGACCAUGGGACAGUACUCACUACCACACCCGAUCUGGACAGAAGAAGAAGUGAACAAAGUGGUGAUCACUCACACCCCUCCACAAAGCUUUACAGACAAGUUGGCCUAUGGCAGUGUUAAGUUCAUGAGAUGGAACUUUGACCUUUUUUCGGGCUUCAAAUAUGGGAAGAGAACAGAAAGAAAAUGGCUUCAGCGCAUCAUCUUCCUGGAGACCGUGGCGGGCGUUCCCGGCAUGGUGGCCGCCAUGACACGGCACCUGCACUCGCUCAGGCGGCUGAAGAGAGACUACGGGUGGAUCCACACAUUGUUAGAGGAGGCAGAGAAUGAGAGAAUGCACCUGAUGACGGCUCUGCAGCUCAGAAACCCAUCUGCACUGUUCAGGUGGUGUGUCGUUUUUGCACAAGGCACCUUUGUGACCCUGUUCUCAGCAGCCUACCUGGUCAGCCCCCGGUUCUGUCAUCGCUUCGUGGGUUACCUCGAGGAGGAGGCUGUGAAGACUUACACCAAGUGUCUGGAGGACUUUGACAGCGGUCGCUUGCCCCUGUGGUCCGACAUGGAAGCCCCUCCACUGGCAAAGAGAUACUGGAGUCUGCCGCACGACGCGAUGAUGAGAGAUGUCAUCCUGGCCAUCCGUGCAGACGAAGCUCAUCACCGAUUGGUCAACCACACCUUGAGCGACCUUGACAAAGAUGACCCCAACCCUUUCCAGCCUGGAAAGUGAAAGAUGGCGGUAUCGCCUCAGUGACCUCUCCAAUCCCUGAUCUUGUCAAAAAUGUGCUUGUCUUUGAGAAGACCAACGUUUGUCAAGGAAACAUACUAUAGGUUAGGGAGAAAAAUCAAUUCUAAGCCUUAAACUGCCAGAGUUUCAGCCCAAUAAAAUGCACUAAGUACCUGGGUUUAAUCUGUGACCUCCGAAAAGAAACCCCUGAACAAGGCCGGCGCCCCUAACAUAUGUUUGUACACCAGAUAUAUCAGGGCUUGGCAGUUUGAGGGCUUAGGUGUUAACGUGACUUCUUUCUCUGUUUAGCACUCAGUAAAGUAUGGGAGUUGAACACACACCACCACCAGUGGACUUCCAGUGGCUUGUGUGGCCUAAGGGCUGCAGAAACAGAGAUAGGCACUGCCCCUAUGUACAGAAGGGUUUUAACAUAAGAGGUAGCAUUGCUAAAAUGGAGCUGAAGCUUGUCCAUCAGGCAACAAUACUCUGUGGUUCGAGUUGCACUUUGUAUGUUAAAUGCUAGAGGGUCUUUCUGCACUGCAUUAUGUUCUACUGCAGUACCGGGCUUAGAGUAAGGUGGCUCUUUUAAACUGUACACUGAGGUAUACUAUUUUCGUGGUAUUGAAAUCAUGUUGUACAUGUUAGGACAUCUAAUGACACUAUGUGUACUAACUUGUGACUGUAUAUUUUCAGAAGUAUAUACAUACAUGUAACGUUAUAAACGUCCUGUAAAGUUGUUGCUCACUGGUAAUACAAUAUGUAGUAUUUGUUGCACUGUUCUUUCACUGUUAGAUAUUCAAAGUAGGUGUUGCUGAACUGUCAGUGAAAACAAGAUGAUUUUAAUGGAUUCCUAGCCUGAGUUACACUAUUUCUUACUGCCAGGGGCUAAUAUGGGAUCUAGUGGUCCACUGAUAGAACGAUUCAGUCAGGCUACAUCCAGCUCUGCCGCUCUAGGAUUUUAUUGAAGAUCGCUACAAGAAAUUUGUUAAGUUAGUGAGGAUAGAAAGAGGUCUCGAAAUCUCCCAGUUUUAUGUAACCCAUGGUAGACUUGAAGAGCUUACCUAUGGCUUUAAUGUCAGUGAAAGUUUUGUCAAGGAAUCUCAUCACUACCUCCCAUAUUGGGAAACAGCUUUAACUUCAGUUGAUUUCUGUUACUGUACUUAUCUAUCCACUUUGUUACGGAUUGCAGUAACUUGUGAUACUGUUAUAAAGUGAAGUCUACCAAUAAAUGAUAAACAUGACUGAUGUAUUGAUUGGUGUUUAUGAACAUACUGGUUAUGGAAAAGAAUUCUCCUAUAUUCUACCAACCUGAUGAGUAAAUGAUGUAAUCAUUUUA